GCCAAUUUUAUUGAUGCAUUUUCUGGUGUGGACAAUUCUACUGUCGACUCUUGUCUCUGUCCUCAGGGCGCAUCAAUAGUAAUUGCUUCCUACCCCCAUAGCCAUUCCGUUAUGAUGAUGCGAUUCGCUCGAGUCAUCAUAUUUCCCCCAUCACCCUGUCCCUUGUCUUUUUUCUUCCGGUCAAGGAAAAAUCGAAAAUAUAUAUAUAUAUAUAUAUCCCUGCCCAUGCAAUAUUCCCUGCCCUGUUUCCCUUUCCACUUUUGCUUCUGUCACUCCCUUAACAUACCCAAUUUUAUCAUUAUUGGCUGCUUCUGGUUAGAAACUGAUGAAGCAGUCAAUUUUUUUUCCCUUCCAGUUGUUCCAAUUGCAUGUCGUAGUAAAUUGUUCAAUGUGUAAGAUAUACCAAAAAUCUUAUAUUAUACCCCAUAAGUUCGCGCUAUAGCACUAGCGCAUGAAAAAUGAGCAUGGGUAUGGGCCAUUGUAAAUUGCCACGCGUGAGUGAUAUCGUUUGGAACUAACAAUAAUG